UUAGUCCCAAAUCCAUCUCUGUGGCGGGAGUCGGCCAAUACUCUCUGGCCUUUUGACCGGUAGCAUUCAUCUACCAUAAUUGUUGAUGCCACUAUUACUUUGUAUGAGGUGAUUCUAUUGACAGACUGAUCGCUAGAAAUAUAGGCCUAGGCUGCGCCCCGUUGGCCCACCAUUUGAUCGUCUCUUCGCCCCUCCUCGAUGGCCCCCUUCAGACCGCUCACCUUAGAGGUAGAACGCAAGUUCAGCCGACUUGCCGUGCAGCCAUUGACUCUUGCCGGAGGACACCCGCCAUUUCGAAGUCUGCAGUAUUUGGGUUCACGCUCCAUGCACGAUAUAUACUACGAUUUAGAUGGUCUGCUAUCCUCGAAAGGCAUUUGGGUCCGCAAGAGGGACGGUGACUGGGAAGCCAAAAUAAAAGAAGGCGGAAAUUUCCAGAAUUCUAGGUUCAUGGAGAUGCGCAACCCAGAGGAAAUCUCUCGUCACCUGAAACUUUCUACGGGUAUUAGCCAAACUGAAUUCACCAACUUUGGACUACGAGAGUUGGCUUCCUUUACAACAUUUCGGCAAAGCUGGGUCGCCGACGAUGACUUCACAAUUGUUCAAGACACCAUGGAUUUCGACAAUCACAUGGUCGGGGAAGUUGAGCUGCAAUGUACUCUCCCAAGGAGUCCUAGUUCUAUCCGUACUACCGAGGAAGAACGCGCUCUGAGACUGGAGGAGAUGGACUCCCGGAUCCGCAGUUUCAUGACUCGUUAUGCAUGGGCAUUUCAUGUGGGUCAACCGAAGGGCAAGCUUGCAGCAUUCCUCGAGAGGUUAACAGAUUGAAUCAUCUGCACUCGCUUACACUGGACUGGGAUAGGCGGGUUAUGCAUGCGGACAUUCUAAUAGUAGGUAGAGA